CUGCCAUAACCGUUAUCAGUUCUUAUGUACCGCAGUCACAUUUGAAGCAACGCAGAGGUCGUCUAAUCCUAUCCAGUCAUUUUCGAACGCAAGGUGCAAAAGCAUCGUUUCUUUCCCCUGAACCAGACUCGGUUCUCGGCAAAUCGGUUUCGGUUUAGAAUCAGCUAUGGGUCAACACGUUUCCAGAACGGAUUUCGAGUGGGUCUACACGGACCAACCGCACACGAGCCGUCGCGACGCCAUGCUGCGGAAGUAUCCGCAGAUCAAGAAGCUUUUCGGACCAGACCCCAAGUUCAAGUACAUCGUGUCCGCUAUGGUGCUCACGCAGAUCUUGAUGCUGUACGUGAUGCAGGAUCAAUCGUGGAAGAUGAUCGUCUUGGUGGCGUACUGCUUUGGAGGAGUCAUCAACCACUCGCUGAUGCUGGCGAACCAUGAGAUAUCGCACAACAUGGCCUUUGGGUAUGGAAGGCCCCUGGCGAACCGACUGUUCGGUAUGUGGUGUAACCUACCGAUUGGAGUGCCGAUGUCGGUUUCAUUCAAAAAGUAUCACACCUUGCACCAUCGAUAUCUGGCCGACGAAAGGCUUGAUCCGGACGUGCCGAGCAUCCUGGAGGCCAAGCUGUUCUGCAACACUUUCGGAAAGUUCGUUUGGGUCAUUCUGCAGCCACUGUUCUACGCCAUAAGGCCACUCUUUGUGAAUCCUCUACCAGUCGAAAAGCUCGAAAUGCUCAAUACGGCAAUACAACUGGCGUUCGAUGGUCUUGUGGUGCUAAUCUUUGGAUGGAGAAUGUUGGCUUAUCUUCUUAUCGGUUCGUUCCUGGCCAUGGGCAUCCACCCGGUUGCAGGCCACUUCAUUGCCGAGCACUACAUGUACGCCAAAGGGUUCGAAACGUACUCCUACUACGGAGCCCUGAACUGGAUCACGUUCAACGUGGGGUACCACAACGAGCACCAUGACUUCCCAGCCAUCCCUGGCAGCAGGUUGCCAGAGUUGAAAAAAAUUGCACCGGAGUUCUACGAAACCAUGCCGCAGCACACGUCCUGGGUGCGGGUUAUGUACGACUUCGUGACGGAUCCGGCCAUUGGGCCUUACGCACGCAUCAAGCGGAGGGCGUUGGAGCGAGCGGGAUAAUUCCCACCGGGUAUCGAGUGAGUCAUUUCGGUAUUUUAAUUUGUUAGCCGCGAUGAUUGGGGAAGAUUUAUAAUUGAUAAGGUCGCGUCAUCGCCGGGGAGCGAUACGGCAAGAAUGGUUAUGAUUGAUAGGAGAUAACAGGCUUCCUGGAUGCACAAUGUAUAUUUAUAUUAUGUGGAAGCUAUCACUUGCUUCGGAAAAGGCUGGCCCGCUAGAUUUGGGGCUACGUGACCGUUGACAUUUUUUAAGGCUGUAAGAGAAAAUAAAUCUAUACUUGUAUGUAGAUCUGAAGAACAA